AUGGUGUUCCUAAUGGUCUCUCUGGUACUUGGUGCCAUGGUCUUCCUGGCCGGAGUGUCGUUGAACAGCUACAUCUUCUUCGUUGCUGGAUGCCGUGUGGAAAGGACGACCAGCGCCCUGUGGUUCCUGAACCAGGCCAUAGCCAAUUUAAUCUUCAUCAUCUUCCUGCCCUUCAGAUGCAUCUCCAUCGUCAUCCUGGACUUAGAGUGGGCGAAGAGGCUGAGCAGCAGCAUCACCUCCCUACACAUGUUCUCCAGCGCCUUCUUCCUCACCGCCCUCAGUGUCGAUCGCUGCAUCCUCGUGGCGCACCCUGAGUGGGCCUGGAACCACCGCACACACAGCCUGGCUUUCGGGGCGGUUCUGGGCACAUGGGCCCUGUCACUUGGAUUCAGUUUGCGGUAUGGUGAUCUCUUGGAAUCCCUGCUCUCACCUGCCAGCAUCAGCAUGAAUUUCCAACUGGAUGAAGGGAGGGUGAAGGCCGCCGUUGCGAUCCAGUUCCUGGUUGGGUUUCUGAUCCCACUAGUCUUGAUCUUGAUCCCAACCGUCUACAUCGUUCUAGCUGCCAAGCUGAGGAGGAACAGGCUGAUCCACUCCACCAAGCCACUCAAGAUCCUUCUUGGCUUGAUCCCGACCUUUUUCCUCUGCUGGCUGCCGUAUCACGUCUUCUCCUUCCUGCUGAUCUCACCUAAGUACACUCUGCCUCUUCUGGACAUGGGAAUGACUUUUGCUUGGAUCCUGACAUAUUUAAGCACCUGCCUCAACCCCAUCUUCUACCUCACCAUGGAGGAAGAGUUUCUGAGGUACCUAUGGCAACGUGCACGAAACACCCAAACCACCGACAACUCAGGGCCAGAGACAGCUGAAUAG